GAACCUUUAUGGCGGUGCACACACUUUGAACAUAGCGACUAAACGUUCAGAAAAUUUGUUUUCCUCCAGAGAUUAAAGUCGUGAGAAUGUUAUAAAAACCGAAUAACGAGACUUCUAAGCGGCGGGUUUUAAGACUACAACUCACAGCGUCCAGCGCGAGGCAGAGCGUGACAUACGCGUGUGUACCGUUCACCAUGGCGUUGUCCAGCUCUGUGUGACAGGCAGGCCAGCAUCACAAAACCUCUCCGGACCGACGCGUCUGCGCACAGUAUUCUGCUGCCAGCGACGCCGUGGCGACUAAUAAAGAUGGGCUCCCGAAUCAAGGAGAGUCCUGAAUCUACGUUUGAGGUGUAUCUGGAGGUGGCCCACCUGGGCAAGCACAGCUCAGGGCCAGAUGUACAAAGGCAGUUCCCUGAAGACUACCCAGACCAGGAAACCCUCGUUACUGUGCCAAAGUUCUGCUUCCCCUUCGGCAUGGACUGCCAGACAAUCAACCAGGCUGGCCAGAACUUCACCUUUGUAUUGACUGACAUUGAGAGUAAACAGAGAUUUGGCUUCUGUCGCCUCUCUCCAGGCGCACACACCUGCUACUGCAUUCUCAGCUAUCUGCCCUGGUUUGAAGUUUUCUACAAGUUGCUGAAUAUCCUGGCAGAUUAUGCUGUCAAAGGUCAGGAAAGCCAAUGGCAGGAGCUCCUGGUGUCAUUACAUACACUCCCCAUACCUGAGCCUGGAGUCCCCGUUCACCUUGGAGUGCAUUCCUUCUUCACUGUGCCUGACAUCAGGGAACUCCCCAGCAUACCGGAGAACAGAAACCUAACAGAGUAUUUCGUAGCUGUAGAUGUCAACAACAUGCUUCAUCUGUAUGCUAGUAUGCUUUAUGAACGUCGAAUCCUCAUCUGCUGUAGCAAACUCAGCACUUUAACCGCUUGUGUCCAUGGGUCUGCAGCCAUGUUGUGUCCGAUGCACUGGCAACAUGUUUACAUUCCUGUCCUCCCUCAGCACCUUCUGGAUUACUGCUGUGCCCCGAUGCCAUACCUCAUUGGAGUACAUUCCAGCCUGAUGGAGAAAGUUCGAGGUAUGGCUCUGGAUGAUGUGGUAGUCCUAAAUGUGGACACAAAUACACUGGAAACCCCAUAUGAUGACCUUCAAAGUCUGCCCAACGAUGUGGUUUCGUCUUUAAAAGGCCGUUUGAAGAAGGUUUCAACAACAACUGGCAGUGGUGUGGCUCGGGCCUUCCUCAAGAGUCAGGCAGCUCUGUUUGGCAGCUACAGGAACGCUCUGCAGAUUGAAGCGGGAGAACCAAUAACCUUCAAUGAGGACACUUUUAUCAAUCAUCGCUCCAGUGCCAUGAGACAGUUUCUACAGAACGCUAUUCAGCUGCAGCUCUUCAAACAGUUUAUUGAUGGUCGCUUGGACCUGCUGAACUCUGGAGAGGGUUUUAAUGACAUCUUUGAGGAUGAAAUCAGUAUGGGUGAAUAUGCAGGCUCGGCCACCCAUGUUAUUGAAGAGACCGAGCAGCAAUUUAAGUCUGGAAAGCAUCUCUGACCAUUCUAUCCGUCCAACUCGUCACUAUACAGUCUUUCUUUCUGAGGAUUCAUCAGGAGACGAGCUUCAAUAUGACGACAGCUCCAUCUCUGGGUUUCCUGACAGUUAUCUCUUCUCCGCCCCUUUUGAUUGGUCACCUCUGCCACAGCCAUACCGCUCCCUCAAGGAAGUGGACUUGAUAGAAGGAGACGAUCCUGGGUUUGGGGCAGAGAGCCACACGGCCCCUCCCAGUCCAGUUACUGAAAGGUUCUCUAAUAUCAGUCUGCUUGGGGACAUUUUUGGCUGCCAGGAUGAGCCUGACAACCAAUUACUUACACUGGCUAAAAGUCUGGAGGACCUGAGAACUCCCAAAGAGUCUGAGGACCUGCAACCCAAGUUCUCCUACCAGCGAAUGGAUCUGAAUGUGGGAGAAAACUCACGAACACUUCCGGGUCUCAGGCUCUCCAACCCUUACAACAAGCUGUGGAGCGUGGGCCAGGACAGAUCGGCCUCACCUGUUUGCGCGCCUCUCACCUGUGAAAGACCUCCGUCCGUCCAGCUUCCUGUGCAGGUGGACCCUUCUUCUCCAGGCCAGGAAAAUGCUGGCUCAGCCCCAGACCUUCUGGAGCUUUCCAACCCUGCCAACAUAACCAUCCCCCGUCCCCAAGGAAGGAAGACGCCGGAGCUCGGAACUGUCCUCGCACCCCCUGCGGUCCUGUCACGCCCCAAAGCAGCAGGGUUUGGUGAAGGAAGGACUACAACCGGGGGGCAGGAGUUUAGGCAGGCCUUGAGCAUGACCACUGAUGGAGACUUGCUGGGGCCCACUAAGGUUGCUGAGAACAGUAUGGAUCUACUAAGUCUUCUAGACCCCCUCAACAACUCUACACUAACUGAGAGAUUAACCAUUACUACGUUACCUGCUUGUAAGCCACCACUACCGCCCAGAGCCUACCCUCAGAGUUUGCCUCCUUUCACACUUCCUCCUCAGAUAUCACUGAACCCUUUUGCCCAGCCCCUUCAGCACUACUCCCCAACUGUAAGUGGGAAUCCCUUCGGUGCAAUCUGUGGCCCUCCUCCAGGCUCCUACAUGAACACUACAUCCCAGCCCCUGUCCUUCUCUACACUACCAGGGCUCUACAGGCAGCCCUCCCCCGGCAGCUCCACCCUGCCUCUCAGCCACGAGCCCUCCCAGCCGGCCGCCCCCCUGCCCCACCCCUCCGAUAGCAGCCACGCGCUCUCCAGCCUAGUAGACUCCACAUCGGUCUUCAGCAUGCCUCUGAGCGCGCUGCCAAAGCCACCACAGGCACAGGGAGAGAACCAAAAGGCUCAGGAUCUGUUUGGGGACCUGCUCAGUUUGGCCACGCCCAUUACGCCGCCGAAAAAGAAAGCGGAGGACCUGCGGAGGAAAUGGGAAACAUUUGACUGAAACCGUCAUAUUGUAUUUGCACAAAGGCAACCCUUUUUUUUCUGUCGUCACUUUGUCAGGAUUUUCUAUUGCUUUAAUUGGUACAUCACCUCUGAUCCAGCCUAGAUUCUGCUAAUGCAACAAGGAGCACGACAGUUCUGCCAAAGGUGUCCUGAUACUCUGUUCUAAUAUAUCAGUUUUCUUUGUGUGCUGGUGGAUGAAAGAGAAGUAGAUGACGUCUGUGUGUGCUUCCAAAACAUCUGUGCUUCAGUAUACCAGUAUUGAUAACCAGACAUGAUACAUAUAGUAAAUCGUUUACAAGGUUUGUGGAGUUGGAGCGCCUCCGCUGUGAGAACAACUGAUAAAGGUGGUGGAGGUGGCUGUGGGGUCUCAGCUGGUGGUAGAUUUACUGUCCCUCAGUCAUGCACCUGUCCAUCAGCAUGAACGAGCAACAAAUAAUGUUUAAAAGCUUGUACAGUUUCUCCAGCCUCUGUUGUGUUGCAGGGAACUGACCACCGUACCUACAGCUCCAAACAUUCAACAAUAAAACGUCAGUAGAAUAUACUAACAAGUGUUUGACUGCAGCUCCAUUCUUUCACUACUUCUCAUAAGUUUUCAUUUUCUCAGCUAAACCCUUAUGGUUCUGUACUGAAUUCAGGUUGUGGACUCAAAGGCAUUCUGGAGAAGAAGUGAAAUAAGGACAUUCACCAACAUUUCAUUGACCUCUAUAGUGUGGAAUAUUAUCUCUGUGUUUGAUUGCUUUCAACAAAACAUUAUUGGUGUGUCUACAUGAAAAAAAAAAACAUUGAUUGAAGGAUCCUGAUUUUCAGCUGUCUCUUAUUGAAAUGCUGUUUGUGUUCACUGAAACAAGUUUUCUGUUUUCCAAUUGUCUGCUUAAAAGGAUACAUUUUGGUUAUUUAGAAAUGGUUUUAUAGUUAAUGACGAUGAGUAUCUUGAUACCUCUUUAAACAACCUGAGUUUGGAGAAAGUUUAAGUUUAACUGGAUGGACAUGCUAACAGCUAAUCCAAAUGCGUCAAAAUAAAUUGCUGUUGUCUUAAAAACAGCGACUAUCUCUAAAAUUAAAUACAUAAAUAUUUACAAUAAAUUCAAUUUGCAAGUGCAAACAACCAGUGGGAGGGCACGUUUCUGCUAAUAGCAGAACUAGCCUCUUAUGUAGCAGAUACGAUUUUUUGCUAACUUUGGAAACCGUGGACCGAUUAGUUUCACCUAAAUUAGAUUCUGUUCAUUUUUAAUCCUCUAAAAAAUUUUAAAUUUGGUGUUAAACCUCUAUUUUUGUCAUUUAUUCUGAACUAAAUAACAACUAUCCCACUUUACAAUCAGUGCUGUUAGGCACCAGGUGUGUAGCAUGAAGUAUCUUUAGCAGCUAAACUUCAAUCUAAGAGUGUUAAAAAUGAACAAAAUAUCAUUUAAUAUUUUAAACAACCAAUGCAAAUACAUAAUAUAAAAGAGUUUUUGCUAAUUGUUUAACCAACUUCAAAUGGUAUUUAUAAAAUUUAAACUCUAUUAAAGCAAUGCUUUUAUUCUGAAAGAGUUAGAUUAGAAUCUGGAGUUCAACUCUGGCUAAUCAGUAGACAGAGUUGAACUGGUUUGGAUUGACUAAUUUGCCACAAAUCCCACCCAUCUGCAAAUUAAACCAAUAGAAUUAAAGGUAGGAACAACAGGUGCCUGUCAGGCCCACCAGUCUUCAAAUGGAAGGAGAUCAACACGUGUAACACGGGCUGAGUGACAGCCAUCUUAACAGUUAGCGUUAGCUUCCACUAAUCUGUUCAGUGGUUUAGGAUUAGCUGAGCUAAGAUUCUUGUUUAGCGUAUUAGUAGUUAGGGAACCCAGCUCUUUGGUUUGCUGUGCCCACCACUGCAAACAGCAGCAGUGAGCUGUAGCACUUCCAGUGUCAGGGUCAAUUAAGGCCAGAACAUCAUGAAGCUGAAAUAACUUUUUUUUAAAUUGACAUCAAUGCAAAUGUUUGAAUAAAGUUUCUGUGAAUUUUUAUCAAAUUUUAAGAUGCUGUUUAAAGACAACUAAAUUUGCUUUGAAAGCAGCUAACAGUAGCCUGAACAGACCAACUCAAAGAUUUACUGCCCUAAAACAACCCUCAUCUUUAAAAUGUCAUAACAGUUCAUGCAAACUUUAUUUAAACCUUUUUAAAUUGUGUUUUUCCAUGAGGCAGAGAUGUGAAAUUUCUGCUGGAAUUGACCUUAUGUUGUGCUGAAAGUGCUUCUUCUUGCUGCCACUCUAACAACAUUUGCAAAUAAUUAUUAAUGACAUACAUUUAUUCAUGUAUGAGAAACUAUAAAAAGGAUUUGCAUGAGUCACUGAUAAAUUUUGGACAUUUGAAUUGGCUUUAGAUGGCUACAACCCACUUCGGUCUGAGUUGUGUUCAGAUUAGCUGUUAGCUUGUCUGUGCUGUCGGAAACUUUCAGAACUGAGGUCGUUCAGUGAGCUAUCUACAACAGGUAAGAUGUUGUUUAUAACUUUUACACAAAUUACUUCAAAUUGGCCAGAACAUUGCUUUAAUGGUUCAUCGUACACAACAGAAUAUUCUGCUGCUAUUGUGCAAAAACCAAAAGCUUUUUUUACAUGCAUCAGAGAGGAUGGAUUCAGUACAGACAUCCUCGUCCCCACAGCUCUCCAUCACCACCAGUACUGUUGCUGCUAAUGUGACGUACAGCAGGUUCCUCCUGUUUUCACGAAACCAUCAUCUGAAUCAGGAAACUGUCGUCCUUCUGUUGUCCUGCCUUUGAUUUAAGAUGUUUAAUGCUUUCACUUUUACAUAUUUAGUUUCUCGCAGCUCUUUCCACUGUUACCUUCUGUGUUACAUCAUCUCCAGAUUUUCAAAAGCAGGCUGAAUUUUCUCAAAGGUAAAUGUGUCACAAAGUGUUAAAGAUCACAGCUUUACAGUGACAUUGUAUUAAUGCAACUAGUCUGCUUUGGAUUUCAUCCUAAUGGUGUUGGUGUGCUCUAUCUACAGUCUGAUGCAACUCUGUCCAGCGUUUCAUCUUCUGAUGCUUUUGUAGGUUUUAUUUUAUUUUUUAUUUAUUUUUGCAGCUUUUUCUCUUUUUGGCCUUCAUGUUGCAUCCUAUUUGUGCUCCUUUCCUUUUACCUGUGAAAGUGCAUUUCUUCUCACUGUUAAAAAAAACAUUUUAAA